CAGAGGUUGUGGCCUCCCUCAGCCUCCAGAUCAGAAGCCUCUCCCCAGGGGUUUCGCCGGCCCUUGCUCUCAGCACCCCCAGAAGGGGACGCGAAAGAAAUGAGCGGAACACAGAUGUCCCCGCUUUCUCCGAAAGUCGGCUGAGGCUAGCAGGGCAGGGGCUGUAGGUUGCCGGUCAGGUCAGGCUGGCCGCUAGAACUCUGCGCUUGGAUUGCUCAGGAACUGCGGCUGCGGGUUGAUGGCUCUGGGUGCAGGAUUCCUAGACUGCUGUAGGCCAGGGAGAACGGGGCGCCGCGCAGCGUCCUCAGGUCUUGCAUCCGGUGACCACUUGGGCUCUGAGGUUGAGGGUCCGCGCUGGAGUCGGGUUAGAGACCCAGCGCCCUUGUCCUGGGCGGGAGAGCAAACGCCCUUGCUUCGCGGUGUCCUGGGAGGCUGCCGAGGUCUAAGAGGUCAGAGGGACAGGAGCUGGCUCCGGCUGGCAGCACGGGGUGCCCUGGUGAGCCCUUAGCCUGUCUGGGCCACCUGAGCCAUGUUACCUAGGCAAGGCAAUGGGUCCCAAGCCUGGCGCAAGGCGGCAGGCAGACAAGCCCCUGCAGCCUGCGUUCUCUGGCUGUUACCGAGCAGAGCGCCCGGCCGCUCUCCGCUGCCUCCCAGUCUCUGAGCGCAGCAGGCUCCGGGCCCCUGCCUCUUCAGCCUUCCCUCCUCCACCUGGCGUUCUUUGAACUUUAGACACUAGGGAGACCAGUGGGAAAUAUGGCCCCCAAAUAUAUAAAUACAGAAAACAUAAAGGAAAGGGAAAAUCCCGGUCAAAAACCAAAAUAAAAUAAAAACAAAAACACAGGGAAAGAGGUAGGAAAACUCCAACUCUGAUUAAAAAUAGAUACAAGAGGUAGGGAACAAAAGGAGAGGGGCAGGGACUUAGCCUCUUUCUGUCCUUAGAACCCUUUUGUACUGAGUCCACCGGUCCCAGACACCCCCCCCCCAAAUCAUCUGCCUCCAAGCCCUAGCACGCACCAACGACUCCCCCUUGCUUGCGGCUCAGGCGGGAUCCCGCUUCGCGCUGCUUCUGUUCUCUGCUCGGCCCUUCCUUUCCUCUCCUACAUUCUUUCCUGCCUGCAUUAAUUCCCCCUCUUCCCUCUUUCCUCUCACCCUGCUUCUCCAUUCCUUCCCUCACUUUCUCCCUUGCGAGGUACUGGCCUUCGAGACGCGUUCUUCCCAGCCCUCUGCCCAGCGUCGCGCUCCCGCAUCUCUAACGCCCCGUGGGUUUCAAUCCCCAAUCCGCCGCGUGGUGUUGACCGGACCACUGUUCUUCCGGGAGUCCGGGAUCAUGCCCCUGCGCCCUGCCUGCUCCCUUUGCACGUCCUGGGCCGCGGACCCUGACUAAUGGCCGGUCCCUGCUGUCUGUGGGGUGUUGUGUUUUUUUCUUGUCUCUCCCCAGCAGGGCACGGGGGUGUGAACCAGCUCGGGGGGGUGUUUGUGAACGGCCGGCCCCUGCCCGACGUGGUGAGGCAGCGCAUCGUGGAGCUGGCCCACCAGGGUGUGCGGCCCUGCGACAUAUCCCGGCAGCUGCGGGUCAGCCACGGCUGUGUCAGCAAAAUCCUGGGCAGGUACUAUGAAACCGGCAGCAUCAAGCCCGGAGUGAUCGGAGGCUCCAAGCCCAAAGUGGCGACCCCCAAAGUGGUGGACAAGAUUGCUGAAUACAAGCGACAGAACCCAACUAUGUUCGCCUGGGAGAUCCGAGACCGGCUCCUGGCCGAGGGCAUCUGCGACAAUGACACGGUGCCCAGCGUCUCCUCCAUCAACAGGAUCAUCAGGACCAAAGUUCAGCAGCCUUUCCACCCAACGCCGGAUGGGGCUGGGACGGGAGUGACUGCCCCUGGCCACACCAUUGUUCCCAGUACGGCCUCCCCUCCUGUUUCCAGCGCCUCCAAUGAUCCAGUGGGAUCCUACUCUAUCAACGGGAUCCUGGGGAUCCCUCGCUCCAAUGGUGAGAAGAGGAAACGUGAUGAAGUCGAGGUAUACACUGAUCCUGCCCACAUUAGAGGAGGUGGAGGUUUGCAUCUGGUCUGGACUUUAAGAGAUGUGUCCGAGGGCUCAGUCCCCAAUGGAGACUCCCAGAGUGGCGUGGACAGUUUGCGGAAGCACUUGCGAGCUGACACCUUCACCCAGCAGCAGCUGGAAGCUUUGGAUCGGGUCUUUGAGCGUCCUUCCUACCCUGACGUCUUCCAGGCAUCAGAGCACAUCAAAUCAGAACAGGGGAACGAGUACUCCCUCCCAGCCCUGACCCCUGGGCUUGAUGAAGUCAAGUCGAGUCUAUCUGCAUCCACCAACCCCGAGCUGGGCAGCAACGUGUCAGGCACGCAGACAUACCCUGUGGUGACCGGUCGUGACAUGGCGAGCACCACCCUGCCUGGUUACCCCCCUCACGUGCCCCCCACUGGCCAGGGAAGCUACCCCACCUCCACCCUGGCAGGAAUGGUGCCUGGGAGCGAGUUCUCCGGCAACCCGUACAGCCACCCCCAGUACACGGCCUACAACGAGGCUUGGAGAUUCAGCAACCCCGCCUUACUAAUGCCGCCCCCCGGGGCUCCGCCCCUGCCGCUGCUGCCGCUGCCUAUGACCGCCACUAGUUACCGCGGGGACCACAUCAAGCUUCAGGCCGACAGCUUCGGCCUCCACAUCGUCCCCGUCUGACCGCCCACCCCGGAGGGAGGGAGGACCGACGCGACGCGAUGCCUCCCGGCCACCGCCCCAGCCCCACCCCCACCCCAGGAACCCUGCAGCCCUUCACACCACCCCGUCGA